AUGAACUGUCUAAUUUGCAGACAUUUUUCGGUGCAGUACGACAGCCGAGUAAUUUUUAAUGUGUCAGUUGACCCGCAAGCGCAACUGGUCAUUUACGGUCGACGAACAGCGCAACCGUCACCAACUAUUCAUGACUUCGCCGAUAUUAUACGGGCAGAACGGCUGGCCGUCAUACGAAAUUCUUCGUCAAAAAGUCGAAUUAGGCGCUCAUUGACAGAGCAAUUGCUCCGGACAUCCAUCCUGACACACUAUCUACUCGCGGGACGAUGGCAUAUCGGACUGCUCAACGAUGCUGCACAGGUUACUUAA